AUAAAGGUCCAGAUAAAAGCAGUGAUUGGCAGGGGAUGCUGUGAGCUUCAGGACACAUGCCAGAGGGGCAGAGGAAGGCAGGAGAGGUUGUUUUGGAAGAUAAGAUCAUGCUUCACCUGAAGACACUUCCAUUUCUCUUCUUCCUCCACAUACAGCUUGCCAAGGCCAUUCCAGUGCCUCCUGAACACCUGGAAGAGAAAAUUAUGAAAACUGCUGAGAAUUACCUACGAAAAUUCUACCACUUACCAAGCAAUCAAUUCCGGUCUGCGAAGAAUGUCACGGUAUUCGAAGAGAAGCUUAAGGAGAUGCAGCGCUUCUUCGGCUUGCCCGAGACAGGGAAGCCAGAUGCAGCUACAAUAGAAAUAAUGCAAAAGCCUCGCUGUGGAGUGCCCGACUCUGGUGAUUUCUUGUUAACCCCGGGAGGCCCCAAGUGGACACACACUAAUCUGACCUACAGGAUUAUAAACCAUACCCCACAGCUGUCAAGGGCUGAAGUGAAAACAGCCAUUGAGAAAGCUUUUCAAGUCUGGAGUGUGCCAUCGCCCCUGACCUUCACCGAGGUCUUACAGGGAGAAGCAGAUAUCAAUAUUGCUUUUGUCUCAAGAGACCAUGGUGACAAUUCUCCUUUCGAUGGACCCAAUGGAAUCCUUGCCCAUGCCUUUCAGCCAGGCCAGGGUAUUGGAGGAGAUGCUCAUUUUGAUUCAGAAGAAACAUGGACUCAAGAUUUCAACAAUUACAACCUAUUUCUCGUGGCUGCUCAUGAAUUUGGACAUUCCUUGGGACUCUCUCACUCCACUGAUCCUGGUGCCUUGAUGUACCCAAACUAUGCUUACAGGGAACCCAGCACCUAUUCACUACCUCAAGAUGAUAUCAAUGGCAUUCAGACAAUCUAUGGACCUUCAGACAAUCCCAUCCAACCUACUGGGCCCAGCACACCCACCGCCUGUGACCCCCACCUGAGAUUUGAUGCUGCCACCACACUCCGUGGGGAGAUUUACUUCUUUAAAGACAAGUACUUCUGGAGGCGGCAUCCUCAGCUGAGAACAGUUGACCUCAAUUUCAUAUCUCUGUUCUGGCCUUUCCUACCCAAUGGCCUUCAGGCUGCUUAUGAAGAUUUUGAUAGAGACCUAGUUUUCCUAUUCAAAGGCAGACAGUACUGGGCUCUGAGUGGCUAUGACCUGCAGCAAGGUUACCCCAGAGAUAUAUCCAACUAUGGAUUCCCAAGGAGUGUCCAAGCCAUUGAUGCAGCGGUUUCCUAUGGCGGGAAGACAUACUUCUUCGUAAGCAGCCAUUGCUGGAGAUAUGACAAUCAAAGAGGAUCCAUGGACACAGGCUAUCCCAAAAGCAUAGCAAGCAUGUUCCCAGGAGUGAACUGUAGAGUUGACGCAGUUUUCCUGCAGGAUUCCUUCUUCCUCUUCUUCAGCGGACCACAAUAUUUUGCAUUUAGUCUUGCCAGUCACAGAGUUACUAGAGUUGCAAGAAGCAAUUUAUGGCUUAACUGUUUACAGAGUUGAGCAAAGUCAAAUGUCCUCACAUCCACCCUAUGAAUACCAAAGGGAAGCUCAGUCUGUAUAUUCAUCCCACGUGUCCUGCGCAGACUUUCCUCAGCUGUAACUAAGUAACACUGCAGCCCUCCUGGAAGAACAGUGUUUGUAACCUUCCUUCCUGCACACUCCAUCCGCUCCUGCACAUUCCAUCCCUGGUUCACAAAGAGAGAAAGCCAGUUGGCACCUUAAGCUUCACUGUUUCAUUAUCUGCUCCUCCGCCUUCUGAAUCUCCUGUUUUAUUACUUGCUUAUCUAGUUUCAAAUGUUCCUAAAUCUCUUCAAACAGAAUCUAGGAUUGGAUUUUCAUUAUGUAUAAGGAUUGUAAACGCAUAGAGAUUAGCCCCUCAUCUGGAUGGGAAAUGUGCUGUUAUUUCUUCCCUUGGAAAAAAUAUGAAAACAUGUAUUGUGGGUUGAAGCAUGCCCUUCAGGAUGCCAG